UUGUUUAAGGUUGUGCAGAGUCUUGAUGUGGAACCAGAAAACAUCAUCGAACAUAUAGAUAAUAUCGGAAGGAGCCACGCCUAUCUGAAGCAGUAUGGAUUCCGCUCAACUCACUGGGAAAAAAUUGGCGAAUACUUCAUCGAUAUCGUUGUUAUACAGGACUGUGUGAGAGGCUUCCCGGAAGCUUGUCGCGCUUGGACGAUCCUCGUUGCUGCCCUUGUCGAUCGGCUACGUUCUGCUCCUCGCCGUGGAAGUCUUACUCCAUCAAGGGAACCAAGUCCCAACUCGACGUUUUCCGCGCCUGAUUCUACACGUAGCUUGAAUUGCACAGGGGUUAAGCACAGCACACAAGACUCGUUAGGUACUCCUGGAUGUCCAGUCAGGAGGAAUUCAUAUCGUGGUGCUGCCUCAGACAUGAGUGGAGGAUGCAUCGACAUGACUUCACUGAAAUCUGAGCUUCCCGAUGUUCGUAGUAGCCCAGCCAUAGCCUAA